AUGUCCGACACGGGCGCCGGCGGCGACGAGGUCAUCCACGACGCCCCCGGCUUCAUUCGCGUCUACAAGAGCGGCCGCGUCGAGCGCUUCCUGCGGAUCGACUUCGCCCCGCCCUGCACCGAUGCGGCCACCGGCGUCUCCGCAAAGGACAUCACCAUCCUCCCGGGAGCCGGCGUGUCGGCGAGAGUCUACCUCCCGCCUGCCCCCGCCGGCGGCCAGCAGGGCAAGCUCCCCGUCCUCGUAUUCUUCCAUGGUGGUGCCUUCUGCCUCGGCUCGGCGUUCGACGCCGCCGCGCACGGCCACGCCAACCAGCUCGCCGCGCGGGCCGGCGCGAUCGUCGUGUCGGUGGAGUACCGCCUCGCGCCGGAGCACCCCGUCCCCGCGCUCUACGGGGACGCCUGGGCGGCGCUCCAGUGGGUGGCCGCGCACGCGGGCGGCCAGGGCGCGGAGCCCUGGCUGACCAACCACGCGGACUUCGGGCGCGUCCACGUCGGCGGCGAGAGCGCCGGCGCCAACAUCGCGCACCACGCCGCAAUGCGUGCUGGCGCCGAGGAGCUGGGCCACGGCGUGGAGGUGAGCUCGCUCGUGCUGAUCCAUCCCUACUUCUUAGGGGGCGACAGCUCCGAGUCGGACGAGAUGGGCAUGGCGUUGCUCGACGAGCUGGUGCGGCUUUGGCCGGUGGUCUGCCCGGGGACCAGUGGGUGCGACGACCCGUGGAUCAACCCGAUGGCGGAGAGAGCGCCCAGCCUAGCCGGGCUGGGGUGCAAGCGCGCUCUGGUAUGCGUUGGGGGCAAGGACGCCAUGAGGGGAAGGGGAAGGCUGUACCCUGAGAAAUUGAUUGGGAGUGGGUGGCAAGGCGAGGUGGAAAUCUGGGAGGCGGAUGGCCAGGGUCACGGCUUCCACCUCUUCCGGCCGACAUGCGCCCAGGCGGAAGCGCAGGUCGGCGUCGUCGCUGAAUUUCUGGGCCGCAGAUGAGAUCUCCUGUUCUCCGCUCAUUCACAUGACCAAGGCAAUGUUCUUGAAUUGGCUAUUGUUGUACACUAGGAAGUUUGAGUUAUGCUUAAAACAUGCUUGUAGCUGUUCUUCAGUGGUUUUAUCUUCAGUCUAUAAGAACAAGGAGUAUAUUGUUACUACUGUCAUAUGGAGUUCAAAUUCAAACCAGCUAGUCUGCCAUUCUGUAAAAUUAUAAAUUUGUAUUUUGAAAGGGUUUAGGAUGCUAAGAUAUGAUUAUGAAGUUCUCAAAUUGCAGUAGAGCUUGCAUUCUCAAGAAUAAAAAGGGAAAUACUAGUUCGAGCCUGAA